AUGACAGAGACGCAGAACAAGUAUAGCUCCAUAUCGGAGAGCUCCAGGAUAUUCCAUGUGCUACUGGACACACUGAGCGAUGGCAUCUCCAUCCCAGAUGCCGCGCUGGGCAAAAAGGACGACGUAAAAUUUACGGGGGAGCGAGAUAGGCCUUACUUCCCUAUCCCUUUCAAGGAGACGGAGACGACUGCUGCCCUGAAAGCCGUAGAAAGCAUUAUCGCUGCUUCGCUUGCGGAUGCGAAGUUCGGGGAGAACUCGAAUCGAUCCAUUGUUGUGGACCAGGAAAAGACGACUGCCUUCCUCUUUCAAGCGUAUUUGGCCAGGAUAGGCGGACUGGGAAAAUUGGACAAGGAUGUUAGAAAGCUACUGAAAGAUACCGAUUUACUUCAAGCUCAGUCAAAUGGAUACCGCCGCAUGUCGGCGAACCUUUACGCAACGGCUGAGCCUGGAGAGUAUUAUCAUAUUCACGGAUCUCUGGAAGCUUCAACAACUCUUGGAAUGAUUGGGCUGCCUUCGCACAGGCCAGAUUUAGACACACACGAAAAGAUUGUUGGGGUUAUCGAACCUGCCGUUCAGAAAUUCACGGUGGCAGAACUGGAGAAACUGAAUGCCGAGAACCGCCAGGCGGGUGUUAAGGCAUACAAGCAUGAUGAGUUCUUGAAGACUCCCCACGGUCAAACUAUCAGCAGCCAGCUUCCAUGGACAGUGGAGAGUCUUGAGACUGAGACACCUCCUGCACCACUCCCUAAAACCGACGACAAGCGCGUUCUUUCGGGCAUCAAAGUCCUUGAGAUGUGCCGCAUCAUUGCUGGGCCCAUUAUUACACGAAUCUUGGGCGAGUAUGGUGCUGAUGUGCUCAAGGUUACGAGUCCACACCUGAGCGAUGUGCCCUUCUUUCAGGUAGAUGGAAACAUGGGGAAACAUGCAGCGGAUGUGGACUUGAAAACUCCAGAGGGUAGGGAGGCCUUCGAGAAACUUGUACAAGAAGUCGACGUUGUGGUCGACGGGUACCGCCCUGGAGCGCUCGACAAGCUUGGAUACGGGGCCAAGUUCAUGACUGAGCUUGCGAAGAAGAGAGGAAAAGGAAUCAUAUACGUCAACGAAAACUGCUUCGGGUACACAGGGGAAUGGGCACAUCGCCCUGGAUGGCAGCAAAUUGCCGAUUGCGUGAGCGGAGUAGCAUGGGAGCAGGGCCGUUUCAUGGGUCUCGACGAGCCCGUCGUACCUCCGUUCCCUAUAUCUGACUACGGGACUGGGUGCAUGGGGGCUAUUACCGCCCUAGCAGGUCUACUUCAUAGAACCGUACGAGGAGGUUCUUGGCAUGGCAAAGCAUCACUCCUACAAUACGACAUGCUACUCUUCAAGGUGGGCAUGUUGCCCAAAGAAGUGCAAGAUGAGCUCCGUCAGCAGAUUGGCCCAGAUUUCCUUGCCUUGAGACAUGCUCACAGCGUGGAUCAAAUCUCAGGAACAGCCCUCAAGCAGAUGAGAACCGUCUUCCCUAACUUUGUGGAAAAUCCGGAAUAUCUAGAUCAUUGGUACUCCAAGGCAUAUGAUGCCCCUGUUUCUGCCGUUAAGCCUGUGGCUGAGAUUGAGGGUCUAGACAUUAGUUUCCUUCGAGCUAGUAGACCGAACGGAGCAGAUGAGGCAUCUUGGGACUUCCAUGAUGAAGACCGGAGAAUUUAG